ACCAUAUACUAUACUACCCAGUUCUCGAUCAUGGGACAUUAAAUCCAGAUUCAGUAACUCACUCGCCUUCUGCCCCAAUCCCUAGAUAUUAUUUUUGCUUCAACUGAGUGGGAGAUUGAUCUUACGAUCCACGAAUUUCGAGCUGCUUAGAUAUUUCAGUUUGUGCUCGUGGUGAUGAGAAAUCGAAGAUACCGGCAAUGAUGAGUGAAUUUCAGCGAUCACUUUCUUUACGGCUGAGUCGCCGGGGAGAACGCAGCAAUGAAAUCUCACGAUCUAAAGGUGCAGGUGCUGAAGGUGUCUUCUUCUCUUCAGGGAGAUUGCCUACUGAUUACACAAUGAAGAUAAUUUGGAAGACAGGCUUUAUUCGGUUGAUUCUUGUUGGAGGCAUUGUGUGGAUGCUACUUAUUCUUGUUGCGCUGUUGUUCCAUAUUUGGUCAUGUCAGUCUUCAGUUGCAUUCUUUUCAGCUAUAUGCAACAAAGAAGGCAGACUUUAUGUCAUGUUAGACUCCAUUGGACUUGUACCCAAACCACAGCAUCGAUGUCCAAUUCCUGUGGCCUAUGGUCCAGACAAGGUGCUCAUUCCAAGAGGAAAAACUGCAGAUACAGUUGUCAGAAAUCUAACCUACAUAACAGAGGACGAGUCCUCAGAGUCUCAGUUUCCACUCUUUGGGGGCAACAUAACAUGGUCUGAUCGGGAAGAGAGUUUUAAACUGAAGCCUGAGAUGAAGGUCCACUGCGGAUUCAUGCCAGGUGGUGGGGCUGAAAUGUCACCUUUGGAUAAAGAAUACGUCAAAAAAUGUAGAUUUGUGGUUGCAACCGGGAUUUUUGAUGCGUAUGAUGCGCCCCACCAGCCUUCAAACAUAAGCGAACGUUCUAAGAAUCUCUUCUGUUUCGUAAUGACGGUAGAUGAAGUCUCAUUUGAUUUCAUAAAGAAAAAUACUACCGUGAGGAGUGAUCGAGAUGGUGGGCUAUGGGUCGGUGUUUGGCGUCUGAUUCUACUGAAAACUCCACCAUAUGAUGAGCCAAGGAGGAAUGGGAAGGUCCCCAAGAUUUUAACUCACAGGUUGUUCCCUGAAGCACAGUACAGCAUUUGGAUUGAUGGCAAAAUGGAGCUUAUAGUUGACCCUCUUCUUAUUCUGGAAAGGUACUUAUGGCGUGGGAAGCAUACAUUUGCCAUUGCUCAACACAAACAUCACCGCAGUAUAUAUGAGGAAGCGGAUGCGUGCAAGAGGAGGAAACGAUAUGCCCGACCUCUUAUCGAUCUUCACAUGAAAAUAUAUCGGUACGAGGGAUUAGAACCGUGGAGUAUCAAGAAGAACACAGUUAGCGAUGUUCCGGAAGGAGCUGUGAUAAUAAGAGAGCACACGGCAUUGAACAAUCUCUUCAGCUGUCUAUGGUUCAAUGAGGUUCAUUUGUUAACGCCGAGGGAUCAACUCAGCUUUGGAUACAUCGUUUACAGGCUAAAGGGGGACUUCAAAUUCUUUAUGUUCCAGAAUUGCGAGUACAAUUCUCUGUUUGUACUGCAUCCUCAUAUCAGGGAGCAUUCUUCAAAUAUUGAAUGGGUGAAGGAUCUUUCUGAGCUUCAAGGGAAAGGAGAGAGUAUGAAGGAGAAGCGUGGUGGUUUCGGACUUUGGACUCCUUACCCUGGGGAUCUCCGUUCGGUUGUUCUUCCUAAAGUGGUAAGAACUUCAAAAGCUGGUUGAAACAAACAUCUUUUUGAUUGUAGUCAAUUUGCGCUGCAUUCUGUGGCGCAGGGUUUUGUUAACCAAAGAACUCCUAUCGUCUUCCUUAAAAACAAAGAAGUUCACUUGUAAUGGAUUCUCCAUUUUCAAUAUGAAAUCGAACAAGUCCUUUGUUAAAGAUUCA